AUGAAAUCUGUAUUUGAACUAAUUGGCACUUUAUCAAGAAAGAUCAAGCCGUUCAACUGUCGACAAAUGAGUUCUCACCCAAAAUUCUACACUGAAAAGAUCCUUAGCGCUCAAAAUGACGCCUCUUUAAAACUAAACCAUACCUGUGUGCGGAUUAAGGACCCACAGCGUAGUGUUGAGUUCUACAAGUCGAAAUUUGGCAUGGAGCUGAUGGGGCAUAAGAAGUUCCCAGACAUGAAGUUUGACCUGUACUUUCUGUCGUUUCCAAAAAGUGAUUUGAAACACAACAAAGAUGGCGCCAUUGACGUUUUCCAGGAGAAUGGUAUCUUGGAGCUCACACACAACUACGGCACAGAGUCUGACCCGGAAUUUAAAGUCAACAACGGUAACGAGGAACCUUAUCGCGGCUUUGGCCACAUUUGCUUUUCCGUAGCGGACAUCGAACAAUCGUGUGAAAGUCUCGAGGCCAACGGUGUUUCUUUCAAGAAAAGAUUAAGCGAUGGUCGUCAAAAGAACAUUGCUUUUGCAUUGGACCCCGAUGGCUACUGGAUCGAGCUUGUCUCUUACAACAGAGCAGACUCCGAGGCCCAUCGCAACGAAGGGUACAAGUUCAACCACACUAUGAUCCGCGUCAAAGACGCUCAGAAGUCUCUGGAAUUCUACCAAAAUGUUCUCGGUAUGAAGGUUAUCGAUGUCAACAAGCACGAGAAUGCUAAGUUUACCUUAUAUUUUUUGAGUUAUAAUGCAGACGCUCCCAGGUGGGGUCAAGAAGGCAUUUUGGAGUUGACUCACAACUGGGGUACGGAAAAUGAUGCAGAUUUCAAGUACCACAACGGUAACGAAAAACCUCAGGGUUACGGUCACAUCUGCAUCAGUUCUGAAGAUCCAGAGACAAUGUGCAAGGAAAUCGAAUCCAAGUAUGGUGACAAAGUACAAUGGGGUGUCAAGUUUAACCAGGGAAAAAUGAAGAAUCUAGCUUUCAUUACUGACCCAGAUGGAUACUCCAUUGAAGUUGUACCAUACGGAUUGUGUUGUUAG